CGCCGCCGGCUUUUAAAGACGCUGCCAAUGGCCCUGGCGAGAUCGCAGCGCCAGUCAAGGGCUUCCUCUGUCCUCGUCUCAGAUCUCCUCCGGUCGUCCUAUGGAGCCGGGCUUAGGCCCCAAAAAGCAGCGCUGCCUACCCUUGUCUUUCCCGUCCUCUUUCGUGGGCGAUCAGGUCCUGGCCAGGGUAAUGGCCAGGAAGGGGGAAACGUUUGGCACCGUGCUCGCCCGAAGGACCUGUACGAAUUGCUGGGAGUGCAAAGCAACGCUACUCAGGCCCAAAUUAAGACUGCUUACUAUAAACAGUCCUUUCUCUAUCACCCAGAUCGGAAUGCGGGCAGCGGGGAGGCGGCUGAGCGCUUCAUCCACGUCACUCAGGCCUAUCAGGUGUUGGGCAGCCUCAGCCUGCGCAAGAAGUACGACCGUGGCCUCCUCACCCAGAAGGACAUGUCCAAUGCUAAGAAGCCGUCCGGCAAAAGUAAAGCAGCAACUCAGACAGUGUCCAAGAAGACGCAGUCUUACACAUUUGGUCGUCCUUCGGGCAAGCCCAUCUUCAACUUUGAUGAAUUUUACCGAGCCCAUUAUGGUGAGCAAUUGGAACGGGAGCGCCUUUUGCGGCUAAAGCAGCAAGAAUUGCAGAAGCGCAAAGAGACCGUGAAGCAGGAGAAGUACAGACUCUUAGAAACUUUUGUCCUCAUGCUAUUUUUAUCGGGUGUCAUGAUCCUACUCAGAUUCCAGUGAAAAGAAGAAAGUUGUGCUAACCUCAUAUGCUGAUCUUUUGGAGAAGCUUUGGAAGCAGGUGAAAAAGAACAGUGCCAAGAGAUUUGUGAAUUUCUCCUGCAGGCCAUUCAUUCAGCAGCUUUUGGGUUAUAUGAACAAUCUCUUGGGGAACUUUCAACUAGUGCCUAGAGGACUUUACGGUUUUAGAGGAAUUUGAAGCAGCCAUAAUUUUAUGUGGUUAGUUGUCCAUGCUUAACAACCUUUGGAGAAGAAAUAUAGGUGCUUGCCAAUGCAAAAUAUUAUUCUUCCUCUUGGAAGGAAGGAAUGGAAAGAUUUGAGGUUGUUUUUCCUUUCUUUUCACAGGAGUUGAAAUGUUGCCUCUUUCUGCAUAGGCAUAUUUAUAUUAUUGUUGAGACUUGUUCUGGAUUUGGGCCCAAAGCUGCUGCAGAAUGUAAAAAUGCAAAAAGAAAUUUGAAUGUUAUAAACAAAUAUUUCAUUUUUGUUAAGCAUUCAAAUAGAUGGACAGUUUGACUUCUGGUACUGAGAGCCAAUCAUGUCUUUAUCCUAAAUGUAAUUUAAUCGGAUAAACUAUUUUACCACUGUG